AUGGAGAAUAACAAUUAUAAAGAAGUGAGUACGUUGUUCAUGGAAUCGGAGAAGCGGAAAAGUUCUCCUGGGUCAUCGAGAAGACCAAGCAACGAGAGCGGGUGCAGUUUCAACAUGCCUUCGUACGAGCGCUUGGACACCCCAUCGUAUUUGAACAAUACUCGCUCGAAAUCUUUGGUUAAUUUGCCAAAAAACCCAACGGGGAAGCUCUACGAAAUCGACAACGAAGAUCGCUUAAACGGAAUCGAGGAAAGCCCGAGGAAUAAAUUGUCCCGAAGAAGAUCUUCGUUGCAACUCGAUAAAAGAAUCGGGAAAAGCUCGAUUCAACCGAUAAGCACGCCUUUAGCCAAAGACUGUUUUGGGCCGCAAUUAAACAACGACAUCUCAAACACUUUACCCGGAACCCCAAUCCCUUCUCUUGUACCAGAAACACCCGAUUUUGAUUUUGGCGCAACUCCCCCCAUAACACCGAUUGAAAAGGAAGAGACACCGGAUCCGGAAAGUUUGUAUUUUCGCGACGGUCGUCGUAAAAUCGACAUGGUCCUAGUAUACGAAGAGGAAGAAUUCGGCGUGAUGACCGAGGCCGAGGCGAAACGGCGUGAUCAACGCAAAACGUUCCAAGACAACCUAAUGAAGGAAGGUUUAGAACUCGAAUUGGAACACAAAGACUUAGCGUACGACGGAAAAACGUGGUUCCUUAAAAUCCACUUACCCUGGAAAACGAAAACGAGAUACGCGGCUGUUAUGGGGAUGAAACUCCCCACGAAACGGUUCAUAACAAUAUCGGUUAAAGCGUGGGACGACGACAAAAACGCAAAGUUACAGAAAGGGUUUUAUUCGCGUUGGAGGGACAAGUGGAAGGAAGUUUUUGAGUACGAUCAUGAUUUGAUUGAUCCCGAACCAUCGUUUUAUGAUAGCACUUAUGGACCGGAUCGCGAGGAGCAAUUUAUUGUUAAAGAUCGCGUCACCGCGUAUUCGAGCGCUCAAAGAAGUUUGAUUGUUAUGCAAAUAUUAUUAAGAGUUAAAUUCGAUGACACCGAUAAGGUGGGAAUUCGAAGACUUUUAAAUGACACGACCUAUUUGGCUUGUUUCCCUUUGCACGAAGGGCGGUUUGAUAAAGAAGAUAGCUCGGGGAAAAUUUUAGAUCGGCGCUUACUGUACCUGCAAUGGGCGAGGCCUUCAAAGUGGUACAAAAGACAACCUUUAAAUAUGGUUAGGAAAUAUUUCGGGGAUAAAAUCGCCCUGUAUUUUUGUUGGUUGGGGUUUUACACGAAGAUGCUUUAUGCCCCGGCGAUUGUGGGAACUUUGUGUUUUCUUUAUGGGUUAUUUUCGAUGGAUAGCGAGGAUAAUAUUCCAAGCAAAGAAAUUUGUGAUGAAAAAGGACCAGGCAACAUAACAUUAUGUCCGAUGUGCGAUAAAGCCUGUAGAUACCAAAAAUUACAAGACAGCUGCAAAUUCGCUCGAUUAACCUAUUUAUUUGACAACCCAGCGACGGUUUUUUUCGCGAUUUUUAUGAGCUUGUGGGCCACGCUUUUCUUGGAACUUUGGAAACGGAAGCAAAGCGUUAUCCAGUGGGAGUGGGACCUCCACGACGUCGAGCUAGACGAGGAGGCGCGCCCCGAAUUCGAGACGAGCGUAAAAACGUUUCGAACGAACCCGGUCACCCGCGAGAAAGAACCCUAUUUGCCGAUGUGGUCGAAAGCGGCUCGAUUUUUCGUUACUGGAUCGGCGGUGUUUUUCAUGAUGUUAAUAGUAUUAUGCGCCGUACUUGGAACGAUUAUUUACCGCUUAUCUUUAGUGACGGUUAUUUAUGGGGGUGGGGGAGUCUUUUUGAAGAAACACGCGAAAAUUUUUACUUCGAUAUCGGCCGCCGUCAUCAAUUUGAUCAUCAUCAUGUGUUUAACCAGGUUUUACCACAAAUUAGCCAUUAACCUAACAAACAUGGAGAAUCCGAGGACACACACCGAAUACGAAGACUCAUACACGUUCAAAAUUUUCCUAUUUGAGUUUAUGAACUUUUAUUCUUCGUUGAUUUACAUCGCGUUUUUUAAGGGGCGAUUUUUUGAUUACCCGGGGGAUACUUUAACGAGAUCGUCCGAGUUUCUGCGAGUUAAAGGGGAUGUUUGCGACCCGGCCGGGUGUUUAAGCGAACUUUGCAUACAAUUGGCGAUUAUUAUGAUUGGGAAGCAAGUUUUUAAUAAUUUCUUGGAAAUUUUUAACCCCAAAUUUUAUAAUUGGUGGAGAUGGAGGGCGCAUCGCUCCCACACAAAAGAUUUAACGCGGAAACACACGAGAUGGGAAGAGGAUUACCAUUUGCAAGACCCCGGGAGAUUAGCUCUUUUCGACGAAUACUUAGAAAUGAUUCUCCAAUACGGAUUCGUAACACUUUUUGUGGCCGCGUUUCCGCUCGCUCCUUUAUGUGCCUUAUUAAACAACAUAGCAGAAAUUCGUUUGGACGCCUACAAAAUGGUUACGCAAGCUCGGAGGCCCUUAGCUGAGAGAGUAGAAGAUAUCGGGGCUUGGUACGGGAUUUUAAGAGCUAUAACGUACUGCGCAAUCGUUUCAAACGCCUUUGUAAUCGCAUACACAAGCGAUUUCAUCCCAAGGAUGGUCUACAAAUACAAAUACUCCCCAAACGACACCUUAAUCGGCUACAUAGACUCCUCUCUCUCCGUUUUUAACACAUCCCAUUACAAGGAAAACAUGGGUGGUGACACCACCGAAGAAGAAGCACCCCCAACCUGUCAAUAUCGCGGCUACAGAAACGACCCCGAUAACGCAGACCCCUACGGAUUGAGCCCGCAAUAUUGGCACGUUUUCGCCGCGCGUUUGGCGUUCGUCGUCAUCUUCGAACACAUCGUCUUUUUCUUAACGGGGGUUAUGCAGUACAUGAUACCCGACGUUCCGUCCGAGUUAAGAACGCAAAUACAAAGGGAAACUUUGUUGGCCAAAGAGGCCAAAUACGAGCACGGUUUGAAAAAAUCCGACUUCGAUUACGAAGAUUUACUUGGAACGAUAAGGGAGAAUAAUAACGCGAGUAGGAUUGAAAGAACUCCAGCUAUAAAAGGUCCGUGGGCAAGAAGAUUAAGCAAGAUUUCGGAUGGUUUGGACGCGCACGUUGAGGUGACCUCAAAAAAAAGGAAUUCGAAUAAUUCUACGGUUUGGGAAUAUACUUAACGAUUUCUUUUGGCUCGUCUUAUUCAAACGAAUUAGAAGAAUACUAUGUAUAUAAAUAAGAGAUAACUUGUAAAUAUGUUAAGUAAUUCGAUGUAAUUGU